AUGGUUAUAUCAGCCUUCUUUUCUCGUAUUGUGAUUCUUCUAGCAGGAACUCUUUAUCCAGGUUAUCGAAGUUACAAGGCUGUUAGAACCAAAGAUGUAAAAGAAUAUGUAAAGUGGAUGAUGUAUUGGAUUGUUUUUGCAUUGUUCCAUGCAAGCGAAGCUUUGGCUGAUAUUCUUUUGGCUUUUUGGUUCCCUUUCUAUUACGAAUUAAAAAUUGUUUUUGUUGUGUGGCUGCUGAGUCCCUGGACAAAAGGCUCUUCAAUACUUUAUCGAAAAUGGGUUCAUCCAAUGUUGAUGAAACACGAAGGAGAUAUUGAUGUAUUCUUGGAACAGGCUAAAAAUGAGUCGUACAGACAGGUUGUCAAUUUGGGAACUCUCGGAUUAUCCUGUGCCCGUGACAUUGUUGCUACUGCUGCUUUAAGAAGUGCACAACUUGGACAAGUUCAGCUAGCUGAUUUACAUCGUUCUUUGAGCACUAAAGAUGUAAAAUCAAAAUCCACCGAUGUUUGUAUUAUUGAAGAAAGUGAAAAACAAACAAAUAGUUGUAUCCAGGUUUCAAUCAAAGAAAAAACUGUUGUAGAGCAAGAACCAGGAGAUCCAAGAAUUGAAUGGGAAGCGGAAGCUUAAUUUUCCAAGUUUUUAAUUUUUAAUCUUAAAAACAUUCAGCAUUUUUAAAAACAAAAAAUUUUCCAAGUGCUGCUAAACCACCCAAACUUAAAAUUUAAUUUUUUUCAUUCUGUAAAAUUUUCCAAAAAGAAAAAUUCUCUUUUCCUGUUUGUCUUUUUGAUUAAUUUCUCCCUCAUUUUUUUGUGUGUGGUCAUACUGAAGGACCAUUGCCUCUUCCUCUCCCUAUUUUUUCUUAUUAUUUUCUUUUCAUUUUUCAAUUGUUAGAAUGAAGAGAAGAUCAUCUGGGGCUUUUAUUAAAAUUAUAUUUUGCGGACAAAACUUGCGGACUAAUUUUCCGACUUGCGGACUAAUUU